UGACGUCUGUUGUUUGUAAUGGUUUGUAGGUUAUGGUAGGACUUACUUUUCGACUAGAAAACUUAUUUGUUUUCCUAGCGUAAAGUACUGAGACUUUUAGUAAUUAAAUAAUAAAUACUGAAAGUUUAAAGAUAAUGUGACCUACGGAUUGAAACCAAAAGUUCAUAUACGAAAUGAACGAUAAUUUGAAGACUAUGUGUACUAAGAUUUUCUACGUAGAAUAACAAAGCAAAAAUGAGUUCUAGAAAUCUAUCGAAGAAGGAGCAGGAAGAGCUUCGUAAGAAAGAAGAAGAAGAAGCCGCUGCUCAUGUAUUCAAAGAGUUUGUGGAGACAUUCCAGGAGGUUCCCAGUACCACAUCUAAAGUUUGGGUUAAAGCUGGCACUUAUGAUGCUGGGGCUAGAAAGGAGGAUACAUCGGAGAGGGGUAAACUAUACAAGCCAAUAUCACGUCUGGACGAGAAGCGUAGUACAAAUGAGGUAGAUGCGGUACGCAGCCUGGCGCAGCGCUCGGACGCUGUGCGUGCACGCAAUAAGAAGAGCGGAGACAAGAAGAAAAGCAACUUGGAACUCUUCAAGGAGGAAUUGAGACAGAUACAAGAGGAGCGCUCAGAGCGUCACAAGUACAAAAAUGUCCUGCGCGACCGCGGCGUAGUGGGCCCCGCCGAGCCUGUCAUAGACAUGCUGCCGGAUGUUGGCUCCUACGACACCGGCGACCCCAACACCACCAACCUCUACCUGGGCAACUUGAACCCCAAGAUAACGGAGCAGCAGUUAAUGGAGAUCUUCGGUCGCUACGGUCCGCUGGCCAGCAUCAAGAUCAUGUGGCCGCGGUCGGAUGAGGAAAAGGCACGCGGUCGCAACUGCGGGUUUGUGGCCUUCAUGUCCAGGAAGGACGGAGAGAGAGCACUGCGUUGUAUGAACGGUAAGGAGGUAAUGAGCUACGAGAUGAAGUUAGGGUGGGGCAAGGCACUGGUAAUUCCGCCCGUGCCCAUCUACAUACCACCAGCGUUACAGCAACCCUGCAAACCGCCGCCGCCCUCGGGGCUUCCCUUCAACGCGCAGCCGCCCAAACACCUCGCCAACAAGAUACCAAGAAUGAGGUCUGGGGAGUAUCAGCCGAGCGAUCCUGAAGACUUGCAGAUUUAUGAACAGAUAUUAUCACAGUCCAUAGUCAGGGUUGUGUUACCACUAGAGAGGAAUAUAAUAAUGCUGAUCCACCGCAUGGUUGAGUUCGUGAUCCGCGAGGGGCCGAUGUUCGAGGCGAUCAUAAUGAAUAAGGAGAUGAACAACCCGUUCUUCCGGUUCCUGUUCGAGAACCAGUCGCCCGCGCAUAUCUACUACCGCUGGAAACUGUACUCCAUGCUGCAGGGGGAUUCCCCUAAACAGUGGUCAUUGGAAGACUUCAGGAUGUUCAAAGGCGGAUCGGUAUGGCGUCCGCCGGUAAUGAACCUUUACACCGCGGGGAUGCCCGACGAGUUAGUGGAGGAAGACGACGCCAAGGAGAACAUACGAGGGACACUCUCUAUCAAUCAGCGAGACCGUCUCGAAGAAAUCAUCCGUUCGCUACAGCCGUCUCGGCGCAGCGUGGGCGAGGCGAUGGCGUGGUGCCUCGAGCACGCCGAGGCGGCGGGCGAGGUGGCGGCCUGUCUCGCCGAGUCACUGGCCCAACCCUCCACCGCAGCGCCUCGCAAAGUGGCGCGGCUUUACCUACUGUCCGACAUCCUGCACAACGCUGGGGCGAAGCUGACCAAUGCGAGCGCGUAUCGUGGCGCAUUCCAGUCCCGCUUGGUGGAGAUAAUGCGCAACUGCCACGUGGCGUGGUCGCAGAUGUCGUCCCGCAUGCAGCAGGAGGGCUUCCGGGCGCGGGUCACGCGCAUCCUGCAGGCGUGGGCCGACUGGGCCGUGUACCCCACGGACUUCCUGCUGCACGUCAACGACGUGUUCCUGGGCCAGGAGAAGGAGGGUGACAGCCGAAUGUUGAGCGCGGACGCUGAUGCGGGGGCGGAGGGCGAGGGCGACGGGGCCGCCUCUCCGGCCGGCUCCACGGCGUCGGGGGCUUCGGGCGGCUCGGGGGGCUCCGGCCCGUUGGACGGCGCGGCGCUCCGGCGCCUGGCCGAGCAACGCCCCGCGCACCAGGCGAUCCUCGAGACCAGCGACAUUGAUGGAAUACCUAUGGACGAAGACAUAGACGGCGUACCGCUGGAAGGGGAAGCAGAAGGCGAUGUGGAGGGCGGCGAGCGAAGCGUCGCGGGCUUCGUGCCCUCACGCUGGGAGAGUGUGGAGCCCGCCAUGCCGGUGACGGAAGCGGUGAGGGAACCGACGCCACCGCCGCCGCCUGAAGGUGUGGUAGAGUCUCCGCGCAGUCGCAACGCAGAGGCGACACUGCGGAGAGAGACUCUGCGGGACAUCGAGGUGCGCGUGUUGAAGUACGCGGACGAGCUGGAGGCGGGCGCGCGCGCACUUCGGCCCGGGCUCGCUGCGCACGCGCAGAUACAGCACUACCGGCGGAAACUCAUCAAAAAGGCGCUCCGUGAAGCGAAAGAGGCGGAAGAGGCAGUGUCCCCGCCUGUCAUAGAAGAAGACGCGUUCUCGACGACUUCCAAGAAGUCGAAGAAAUCCCGCGAGCCCACGCUGUCGCCUCCGCCCAAACGCUCCCGGCACGGGGACCGCAAAUCAAGAUCCCGCUCAAGAUCGCGAGAGAGAGAAAGAGAACGCGAACGAGAGAGGGAGAGAGACAGAGAACGCGAACGGGAAAGAGACAGGGAGCGCGACAGGGAAAGAGACAGGGAACGUGACCGCGAGAGAGAACGGGACAGAGAUAGAGAAAGGCGGAGAAGGUCCCCCGUCACGCCCCCACACCACAGAAAACACGCCAAGCACGCCAAAUAUAAGUACUGACACUGUGUAGCAAUUUUGUAUUAUAAAAUUUAAGGCCA